AUGGAUGAGGCAGAGGAGGCAGCUCUCCAUCACAGAACCAAGGAUCUGUAUUCCAUCAGCAAGAGAAUCACAGGAAAGUUUGCCAAACCGGAGAGACCAGUAAGGGACAAGAACGGAGGAACGAUAGCCGAUGACGAAGGGCAGAAAAAGAGGUGGAUCGAGCACUUCCAGGAGCUACUGAACAGGCCAGCUCCUGAGAACCCACCGGAGAUACUGCCAGCCACUAGUGAUCUUCCGAUCACGUGCUACGCACCCACGAAGGAAGAAAUACACAGCGCCAUCAAGCAAUUGAAGAACGGCAAGUCUGCAGGUCCCGACAGCAUACCGGCAGAAGCGCUGAAGGCUGAAGUCGAUACUUGUGUAGAGCUAUUCUACCCGCUCUUCAUCAAGAUAUGGGAAGAAGAAGAGAUACCAGCAGAGUGGAAAGAGGGAUAUCUCAUCAAGCUCCCAAAGAAAGGUGACCUCAGUUCAUGCUCCAACUACAGGGGAAUAACGCUGUUGUCCAUACCAGGAAAAGUGUUUAACCGCAUCCUGCUGAACCGAAUGAAAGACGCAGUGGACCCGCAUCUCCGUGACCAACAAGCCGGCUUCCGAAAAGAGAGAUCGUGCACGGACCAGAUCGCAACCCUGCGCAUCAUUCUGGAACAAUCCUUGGAAUGGAAUUCGCCCAUGUACGUCAACUUCAUCGACUACGAAAAAGCGUUCGACAGCGUGGACCGGCAAUCCCUAUGGAAACUACUGAGACACUACGGGGUGCCAGAAAAGAUCACCAACAUCAUCAGGAAAUCUUACGAAGGGAUGACCUGUAGAAUCGUCCAUGGCAGACAGCUCACUGACGCCUUUGGAGUGAGAACCGGAGUGAGGCAAGGCUGCUUACUCUCACCUUGCCUAUUCUUGCUGGCCAUAGACUGGGUAAUGAAGACGUCGACGAACCAGAUGCAAAAUGGAAUCCAGUGGACACUCUGGGAACAGUUAGAUGAUCUAGACUUUGCUGACGAUUUGGCCCUUCUCUCCCACACCCAUCAACAGAUGCAGGAAAAGACCAGCAGGGUAGCAAACAACUCCGCUAGACUGGGCCUCCACAUCAACAGAGGGAAGAGCAAGGUGUUUAAGAUCAAUGCAUCCAACAACACACCCAUCACAGUCCAAGGCGAGGCGCUGGAGGAGGUAGACAGCUUUACAUAUCUCGGCAGCAUCCUGGAUAAAUAUGGGGGAACGGAUGAAGAUGUCAGAACCCGCAUCGAGACCUGGAGAACCACUGUGGUCACCAUAAAGAGAAUCCAGGUCUUCAUUAACUCCUGCCUCAGGAAGAUCCUCAAAAUCCGAUGGCCAGAAAAGAUAUCCAAUGAAGAAUUAUGGACGAAAACGAACCAGCAGCCCGUUGACGAAGCUAUCCUUCAGAGACGCUGGCGAUGGAUAGGUCACACCCUCCGCAAGUCCGCGUCCAGUAUAACUAGACAAUCUCUCACCUGGAAUCCUCAAGGAAAGAGGAAGAGAGGGCGACCUAGAAACACCUGGCGCCGAGAUCUGGACGCAGAUGUCAAGCAGAUGGGAAAGACGUGGGGGCAGCUGGAGAGACUCGCCCAGAACCGAGAUGCCUGGAAGAAGCUGGUCGGCGGCCUAUGUCCCAAACGGGACCACAGGCGAAGAAAAAGAAAAAGAGUGAAUGAUUUUUACCUGGGUGCUAAUGAAUUCAGGCCGAUACUUGGGCCCCAGAGCACCUAUAGGAUCGGCGGCUAUGAUCCCUUGGUUUCUCCCCAUCUCACAAGACAUGUUGGUCAGGCUGGAGCACGCACAGUCACAGCGUCGCCGGCUCAGGACAAACCGUCAAUCUGA